UUAUUGAUUACCGGUUAAAACUGGUUAUUUUCUUGUUUAUUUUGGAUGCAACUCAUCAUCGAGGUUGAUUGAGGUGUUUUUGUUAUGUAUGUCAAACCAAUGCUUUGAUGAGCUGAGCCCUCUGUUUUUUUCUGCCCAUCAGCUGGGAGAGCUCCUCAGCUUUUAAAGUGCUCAGCUGUCCCAAACAGUCACAUGGACACACACACACAAACACACACACUCACUAUACACAUUCAGAGCCAGGGCUGGGCCCGGGUGGGUCUGCUGGCAUUACUUAUCCCUCUGUCCCACCUGUUGGAGCCUCAUUUGGAAAGUUGAGCAUGUAAGAGCUGGAUAACAGGACUCUGAGGCUGCUGGGACCCCUUCUGAGGAACAGCAUCAAUUUAUGGGGAAGAAGAGUCAGUGUGCCAUCUGUGGGUCCAAACGGAGUACCCAGAGGAACUAAACCUCAACAUGGCUCAUUAUGACUCGACGGAUGACAAGGACUCGGUGGAUAUUCACGACAACCCGCCCCUCCCUGAUAAUGUGGUGAAAGAGGAGGACAACACGUUGUAUUUUAUCUACGAUGAGGAUGUAGAGGAGGAAGAGAGAGAGGAAGCUCCGCCUCCAGAACCCAUCAAACCAGUCAACGACAGACCUCACAAGUUCAAGGACCACUACUGCAAGAAACCUAAAUUCUGUGACGUCUGCGCACGCAUGAUAGUGUUGAACAAUAAGUUUGCAUUGAGAUGUAAGAACUGCAAAACCAGCAUCCACCACCAGUGUCAGUCCUACGUGGAGUUCCAGAAGUGUUUUGGCAAAAUUCCUCCAGGAUUCAGAAGAGCGUACAGUUCUCCUCUCUACAGCAGUCAGCAGAACGCCACAGUCUCACAGCUGCUGCCUUUCUCUCAGUCAAACCGCACAGACCCUGUGUUUGAAACUCUGCGUAUUGGUGUCAUCAUGGCAAACAAGGAGCGGAAAAAAGGUUCAGAGGACAAGAAGAAUAUGAUUAUGAUGAUGGAUGAAGAUGAGUCACAGCCUAAACAAGAGGAUGAAGGAGAUGAAGCAGUGAACACAGAAGGAGACAAGAAAGGAGAAAAGGCUCCAGCUGAUGACAAGAGUAAAAAGGUCCAGCCGGGGAAGAUUGGUGUGUUCAGUCAGUCUCAUUACUACCUGGCUCUGUAUCGCUUCAAAGCCAUAGAGAAGGAUGAUCUGGACGUUCAUGCUGGUGAUCGCAUCACAGUGAUAGACGACUCCAAUGAAGAAUGGUGGAGGGGGAAGAUCGGAGAGAGAACAGGCUUCAUACCUGCCAACUACAUCAUCAGAGUGAGAGCAGGAGAGAGGGUCUACAAGGUGACUCGCUCCUUUGUGGGCAACAGAGAGAUGGGUCAAAUCACUCUGAAGAAAGACCAGAUUGUGGUGAAGAAGGGAGAGGAGGUGAACGGCUACCUGAAGGUCAGUACGGGUCGAAAGCUUGGCUUUUUCCCCGCCAAUUUGCUGCAGGAGAUCUGAAGAGAACCAGCAGGUGUCGCCCUCCUCUGGCCAGUUCCAUCUCAGAUUCCUUGCCUGUAGUUGGCACACUUUCUCUAGGUCCAAAACACCAAUAACACUGUCAUCUUGAAAUGUUAAUUUCCACAAGUUUCCAACUUUGUAAGUUUGUAAACCUCACACUUAUAAAGCCUGUCUACAAAAUAUGUUGUGAUUUAUUUACACAUUGUGAAUGGAUAGACAUUUGUAAAAUAAGAUAAUAAAAAGAUUUGUUUGACAAAACCUCA